AUGAACAAUUAAAAUACUUACUAAAAUUCAGGCGUAGAUUCAUAAAAUAUCAAAACCUUGUAUUUCAAUUAAAAUUACCCAUCUGUAAAAAUUUAUAUUGACUUAGGGAUUUGAAUUAUUUGAGCUAAAAAGAAAAAUUUAUAGGCCUAUUAAUUUUGAAGAUGGCUUAAUUUAUAGUAGAAUAAGCGAAUAAGGAUAGGAUUAUUAAAUAAAACAUAUUAAGCUUUAUAAUUUAAUAAUUUCUAAAGUCUAGUUGGAUAAGAAUUAAAAAGAGGGAAAAGGAGAGGAAAUCAUAUUCAACUAUGACAAAGAAUUUGAGGAAUUACUUAAUUAGAAUGAAACAACUAGUAGUCUGCUUAAAUCGAUUGAUUAUUAUCCAUCAGAGACUGAAAUUAUUUUAAGAUAGUAAAUUAACUAAUAGAUUUUUGAAUUUGAAAAGGUAAAUGAUAACAGUGUCACAUUUUGUUUAAUUUAUGAAAAUUAAGAAUUAUCAGAAAUUGAUCAAUAAAUAAAUUAAUACAAACAAAUUUUUGGUUAAAAUAGAUAAACUAAUAUUGUAAUAGUUAUCAAUGGAAAAGAAAAACAUAAAUUUAAUGAUUAAGUUAAAUUUUAAGAAGAUAUAAAAGAAAAUAAAUGUAAUAAUUCUACUAAUAAUUAGGUAACAUUUGUUAUACAUAUGAAUAUAAAGAUUGUAUAUUUUUGGUAAUAGAUGAAGAAUAAAGCUUGAUUAAGCUAUUAAAUUGGAUUUAUAGAGGAAUCUUUAAACAUUUUCAAUCCUAAUAUUGUUAUGUUGGCUUUUUGAGCAUUUAAGUUGAUGUUAAUAAAUUUUAAUUGAUGGAUCAAAUGAUGACAAAAGAAAAUUAUUGUGGAGCAACUGGAUAUUAUAAUUUAUUUCAUGAUAAAGGAGAUUUCUCAUUAAUUAAUCUUAAUAACUCAUUUAUUGGAUAUAUGAAUUUUUUGAAUUACUAGUUUUAAAUAGAUUCUUUAGCAUCAUUAAAGAGGUUUCACAAUCCCUUUUUCUCAUAUUAUAAAUGGAAUGAGUGUUAUAAAUAUUUUGAUUCUUAUUUUGAAGAUUUAGAAAGAGAAUAAUAGUAAGGAAAUAUCAAUUUACAUUUAAAUUCGUUAUUUCCUUAAAAAAUCUAUGAAUCGAGUAAGAAGGAAUUUUUUUCAUUAAGUAGCAAUUUAGGGGAAAAGAAAAUUUUUGAAAAUGAUUAAGUGUAGAUAUUUUUAGAAUUAUCAAACAAGAUAAAAUCCAUUCACAUAUGCAAUGAUUAAGCCUUACAAUUACAUGGUAAUAGAUACAAAUUCAUAUUAACCUUAAGAAAUCUUUAAACUAAAAUUACAUUAUCAGAAGUUUUAUUUUUGUAUACUUUCUCUCCCUAUCAAUUAUUAUACAAUGUUACAUCGAAUGCUUACUUAAAAGUAUUAUUAUCAAUUUUUUGGCCACUAACUCUUUUCCUCCUAAUAUUAAUGUUUGUAUUAUUAGUUUUAUAAUAUUCAAUUGGUGUAUCCAUGGUAAAAAAAAAACAAAAAUUAAUGUACUUAAUGUUGAAUAAUGAUGAAUUAUAAAUUAAAUUUGGAUAAAAAUUAAAAAGAAUUGACAAUAUUUCAAAAUAUGAGUAUAGUUCCGAACUUAAAACGAAAGAAAAAGUUUAUAGAUUUGAAAAUUUAAUAAAAGAAUUAAAUGAACACUAAAAAAAGAAAGAAAAUAAGCCAUCAACUUAUAGUAAUAGCUCAUAACAAUUUAAUAAUGAAAAUAAUUAAUAAUAAGAUUCUUUAUUAUAAUAAAAUGCUUAAUCAGAACAGAUAUUUAAAAUUUCUACUUAGCUCAUUUCUGAAAAAAAAAUUGAUAAAUAUUAUAAAAAUUUAUUUUCUUUUACUUAAAUAGUUUAACUCUAUUGCUCAGGAAUAGUAAUUUUGAACCUAAUUAUUACAUAUGGAAGUAAUAUAAUAUCUGAAGAUCCAAAUGUAUAAUAAUAUGUCACCAUUUUUGGAAUAAUUGUAUUUAUUGGUGUUUUUCUAUUAAGAAACCUUUCAUUUACUAAAUAAUAAUUUUUGUAUAUUAUUUUAUUAAUUAAUAGGAGAUCAAUAGUUAUGACAUUUUAUAUUUUUUUGAAUAUGUUGAUAACAAUUGUUUAUUCUGAAAUGUAUCAUUUAUUGAGAAUUAAAAUACAACCUAAAGAGUAUAGGAAAUAAAUUAAAAAAUUAUCUCAAUAUUUAAGUUUAAACAUUUUCCUAUUAAUUAUGUAAAUAUAUUGUUGUUAUUUAAAGUUUAUAUAUUUUGGAAACUGCUAUGAAUUUCGAAGGUUAUAUAUUGUCAGUAAUCAUAUUUUACAAUUUGAUCAUUUAUUUAUUAGAUUCAUUUGUGGUCAUUGUGGCUAAAUUAAAAGAAUUCUUUAACAAACCUAUCAACAACGGAUCUAAUGGACCUUAAUAAUCAUAAAGAAAAUUGAAAAAGGAGAACUUUUUUGAAAAAUAUCUAGAUAUUAUAUACAAUUAUCUUAUUGAUUUAAAAGAAGAAGAUAUAAAAAAGUAAGAACAAGCUCAAUAAGAGAAGUAAAAUGAGCAAAAUAAAUUAAAAGAAGUAAUAAUUUCUAAUAUUUUGAAAAAGAUAUUAUAAAAAGAGGAGAAUUAGUCUUUAAAUGAAAUUAAAUUAAAUUUUAUCGAACCUGAGGAUAUGAACUUUAAGGAUAAUAUUAAUAGAAGUAUUUAAUAAUCUAAUUAUUUUGAAUGA